UCUAAUUAUUGACACAAAUUUUGUAAAAAUCUAUAGUCCCCGCCGUCGCCCGCGCCAAUUCUGUCUCCGCCGUGAACGUUGAUUCCGCCGCCGCCUCAAAUGCCCUCCGUCGCAGGGAGGCCAUAUGCUGAAUCUCGCCGCCCAGAUCAGUCGCCUCCUAAUCCUCCGCCGCUUCGAAGCUCUCAAGAGCCUCCGCUUCGCCUUCUCCGACACCCUUCUCGACGCCGUCCUCAAGCAUCUCAAGCUCCACCCCAACUCCGCUAUUCAUUUCUUCGACCUAGCUUCCACGCAGAACUACUUCAGACCGGGUUUUAAAUCGCACAUCAAGCUCAUUCACAUUUUAUCCAAUGCUCGUAUGUUCGAAGAAACAAGGUCGCACGUGCGCGCUCUCGUGGAGCUCUCCGAGAGCAAUCACCUCCCAGUCUCGUCGAUUUACGAUGAAUUGGUUAGUGUUUAUAGAGAAUUUAGGUUUUCCAGUACUGUCUUCGACAUAAUUUUGAAGGCUUAUAUAGAAAGGGGUUUGGUGAAGAAUGCCCUGUACGUGUUCGACAAAAUGCACGAGUGCGGUCGAUUGCCGAGCUUGCGUUCUUGUAAUGCUUUGUUGAGUAGUUUAGUGAAGAUUAAGGAUUAUCAUACGAUUGGUUGUGUGUAUGAUCAGAUGAUCAGAAUUGGGGUUGCUCCUGAUGUGCAUACUUGUGCAAUAAUGGUUGAUGCAUACUGUAAGGAUGGCAAAGUUGCUAGAGCGGUGGAGUUUGUGGAAGGGAUGGAGGGAUUGGGGUUGGAGUUGAAUGUCGUGGGGUAUAAUAGUUUGAUCAAUGGUUAUGUGAGGAUGGAGGAUAUGGAAGGUGUAGAUCGAAUUUUGGAUUUAAUGAGGGUACAAGGAGUUUCGAAAAAUGUGGUAACUUGGACAUUGUUGAUCAAGGGAUAUUGUAAGAUUGGGGACAUGGAUCGAGCGGAAAGAGUAUUUAGACAGAUAAAGGAAGAGAAAGGGGACAAAAUAAUUUUGGAUGAGAAGGUGUUCGGCGUGUUGAUUGAUGGGUUUUGUCGCGCUGGAAGGAUGGAUGAUGCAGUGAAAUAUCAGCAUGAGAUGUUGAAUUCCGGGUUCAGGAUGAAUGAAUUUUUUUUCAAUUCUUUGAUUAAUGGUUAUUGCAAAAUCGGGAUGCUGUGUGAGGCUGAGCAAGUUAUGAUGGGAAUGAUUGAAGGGGGUUUUAAGCCGGAUGGUUACAGCUACAAUACAUUGUUGGAUGGUUAUUGCAAAACAGGAUUGUUGGAUGAUGCAAUGAAACUAUGCAGUCGAAUGAGCAGGGAUGGUGUGCCCCGGACAAAUAUUACGUAUAAUAUACUUUUAAAAGGUUUAUGUGAGUAUGGUGAUAUAGAUGAAGCUUUGUGCCUUUGGCAGUCGAUGCUCAAGAGAGGUUUGGUUCCGAAUGAGAUUGGAUUCAGUACGCUUUUGCACGGCCUAUUUAGUAAGGGAAGGUUUGACAAAGCCAAGACGUUGUGGAAACAUGUUUUAGCAAAAGGCUACACGAAAAGUACAAUACUAUUUAACACGAUGCUCGACGGGUUUUGUAAAAUGGGGAACAUGAUUGAAGGGGAUAAAAUUGUCGACAAGAUGAAAGAAUUAGGUGUUUCAACUGAUGAAGUGACUAACAAGAUCUUGAUUGAUGGGUACUGUAGAGCUGGUGAUGUUCAAAGAGUUUUUGAAAUUAAAGCUUUCAUGGAUGCAAAAGGGUUUCCUGCUUCCAUUGAAGUGUAUAAUUCACUUAUAAGUGGACUAUUUAGAGCAGAAAAAUCAUGCGAUAUUUCUGCUGUGCUCUCGGAGGUUCAUACAAAAGGACUAACUCCAAAUAUUGUCACAUUUGGAGCUCUUAUUAAUGGUUGGUUCAAAGAAGGAAACCUAAAGAAAGCAUUCGAUGCGUAUUUUGAAAUGAGAGAGAAAGGAAUAGCUCCGAAUGUGUAUAUAUGCAGCACCAUUGUCAGUGGACUAAACAGGCUUGGACAAAAUGACGACGCAAAAAUGCUGUUGCAGAAAAUGGUGGAUUUCGAUAUUGUCCCAAAUCUUAAACAGUUUUACGAUUGUUUUAACUUCAAUGCAGUCAGCACUGAGACACAGAAAAUUGCUGAUUCCAUAAAUGGAAGUACUCAGGGGUCUAUCAUUCCCAACAAUGUUUUGUAUAAUGUAUUUAUCGCCGUAUUAUGCAAAUGUGGGAAGACCAGUGAUGCGAGACAGAUUAUAAAUGAUCUGUCAGAAAGAGGCUUCAUUGCAGAUGAGUUCACCUACACUGCCCUCAUCCAUAGUGUCGCCAUUUCUGGGGCUGUUAAUGAAGCAUUUCUCUUGAGGGAUGAGAUGGUGAUGAAGGGUCUUAUUCCAAAUAUAGUGACAUAUAAUGCUCUUAUAGAUGGAUUAUGCAAAUCCGGAAACCUUGAACGUGCGCUGAGGCUUUUCCAUAAACUUCAUUCCAAAGAUUUAGUUCCAAACGUCAUCACUUAUAACUCUUUGAUUGAAGGAUGCUGUAAGAGUGAUAGGACUAAUGAAGCCUUUAAACUCAUGGGAAGAAUGACGAAAACAGGAAUUGUUCCUUCGGCCAGAACCUAUAGUGCUUUUCUCAGCUGUCUUUCUAGGAAAGGCAAUCUAGAAGAAUACCAGAAACUUUUCGAGGAAAUGUGCAAUUCGGGCCACAAUACUUGCUCAGUUGGAGAUUGCAGACCAUUUGAAGUUGAAGCUGUUGGCGUGUGACAAAUGCUUGUGUGAUACCGUACGCCCAAUUGCUUUGGUCUAAAAGGAGGUUUGUUUGUCGACAUGCUUGUGCUUUUUGGUGUUCGCCAUUAUUGUGAACCUGCCAGCUUGAAUUAUUCACUCUUAGAAACAUUAUUUCAAUAGAUUAUGAUAUGUUUGGCUAUCGGUUACAUCUCUUUCUUUUAGGAGAUUUUGUGGGUAUGCAUCAAAUUUGAGGUGAAUAUUGAGUUGUCUUUGGUUAAUGGUGCGGGUAAAGCAUGGUGCGGGUCCAUGCUUUACGUGGUUUUAAUCACAUGUAAAAUCCCUGAGCAUGGCGACUUGGCCAUUGCGCCACAAGUUUAUAACAUUCUAAAGUCGAUGUAGCGGAUCGAUGCUGAACAUCUUACAUUAGAACUUUGUAAGAAUAGUUUGAGUUUAGAGCCAUUCACUCCUUUGUUUCUAAAUACAUUUUUGGAUGUAAGGAUUAAGGAUAUUCAGCAUCCAGUCGGUUAACAAUUCUUUGUUCGUUUGGGAAUCAUCCUAGCUUUGUAUAGUUCAAAAACUUUGUUUAAUAAAAUUUGCAUGAAAAAUAAAAACCUUAUUCGUGUAUAGGAGUCGUUAGCUUCUUCUUUAUCCAAAUGGUUUGAUAAUCAGAGCCUAUCUAUUUACAAAUUUCGAUAUUAGCAUUUCUCCUCUCUUCUUUUAAUUUUUCUCUUUCAUAACUUCACUAUUACAAAUUUUCAUCUAUUUUCAAUUUUCCCAAUAUCUAUUCCUUUUGGUUCUUCUUAUUGCUUCUCAUUCAUGUCUUAAUCAAACCUACCGAAUGUAUGAAACCAAAUCUGAACCUACCA